CCCAGUUGGUAACAGACCAGCGCCGCGUGCGGAUCUUUUAAUUCGAAGAAAGUCAACAAAGGGUACACCAGUCGUCUGUCAGCCUACUUUCGGAGCAGCACGGUACACUCAAGCGAAUCUUGCGUCCUGCUGCUGCACUCCUUUCUCAACCGACCUUCUUCAUCUGCCUACACACCCACCUCGUCCUCUCGCUCCGUAACCCCCAUCGUCAAUAUUUCAUCCGGGCGAUCCGCGAGCAGCCGUUCCGAAUGCAGCCGCCAUCAGCAGCGAGUUGUCAGCAUCAGCAGGGGCAGCAGAAGCAGUGUAUCACCACCGUCACCGUCCGGGAGCGAUCGCCAGGGCUGCGCCAGAUGUUGAUGCACGAGCAGCGUAUGAUCAAAGAACAGAGCAGCAGCUUUAGCAUAUCUAGGAAGCAGUAGCGCUAGAUCAUUCGGUCCAUUGUGUAAUACAUCGCGGUGUAGUGCACACACGUAUACACACACCCACACACGUAUAGGCAGCAGCACCAGACGCAUCGGAGGAUAUAGCCGAAUACCUGGAGAGGAUAACAGCAGCUUGCGAGGAAUAUAACAUUGUGAAGCAUCGAGGAGGAAGGGGCACACGAGGUGUCAUGGGGCCUCCCUCGAUCAUUUGACCCACGGGGCCCGCCGACUCCUGGGCUCGGCUGUUUUGUUGCUGCCUCUCUCUCUCUCUCUCUCUCUCUCUCUUUAAACCUUUCCAUGCACGUUACGACAAGUAUAUAAUAUAAUACAACACAGCCUAUGCUCGUCCGUCCUCAGCUCUCUCUGUUUCUUUGAAUACCCCCGUGUUUAUGGUGUCGUUGUUGAGAAACCUACUGCCACGCCACAAGCACCAGCUGCAGCGGCAGUGAAGUUGUCCCAGGCCACGUCCUCGACGUCGUCAUAUUCGUCGAGCACUGUUCCCUUCAGCUUUCAAUCGGAAUGCACUGUCUCGGUGCCGUAGCGGGCGGCCAGGUGAGUCCUAGUGGCAACAAUAGCAGCAGCAGCAACGACAGCAGUAACAACUGCAGCAGCAACAACGUUUUGAGCAUCAUCCGAGCUCUGGGAGUCUUAGUUUGCGAAGGCCGAAUUCAGGGUCCUCCACGUGGGUACAGGGAAGGCCCGCACUGCGUCCAGGCACUACAGUCUCAACCCAACAGUGAUCAUGCCUGCGAAAAGGACAACUACCUGUGCGACAGAUACCUCGUACUUGUGCGCGAGAUCACGGACCACGUGUCCGUGGGCGCUUACCUCUGCGUCGAGGUAGUACUCUGUAGCGACUGUCCCUGUGGCUCGAUCAAAUCAAAGAGCAAGCACCGAGUGCUGAGCGUGCCACCGCCAUUAACAUCAUGGCAACACAGUUCAGAGAUGCUGCUGGAGUACUGGCGCAUCGGCGUCGUGCCAAGCAAAAGCCCGGAAACGAUGAACUGCCACGGGCUGUACCAGGCGGUGCGCUCGCGGCUCCACUUCAGCCAAGUGGCGGCUUGGUGGUCGCGCACCAACGGCUCACGGCCCAGCUACGUCGCGACGAGGAUCGUGCCCAACACGAGCCAAUCCCUCGACGAUCACCUCAAGCGGUUCCGCGACGCCCCUGCGGAGCACACCUUUCCCCUCGCCGGACUCGGCGAUGGCAAUUCCAUCGAGGUCAGUGUAUGGGCCCUGCCACGAAUGGAGGAGAUACCUCAGCUCCAGUGUGCGAUGCACCCACCAGAUGAACUGGAACCCCAACUGGUCCGGCCCACCACACCCGUCAAGCGUCUCAUAUCCACGAGCCCCGUCAUCCCGACCAGUCCACCCGCCAACCAGACCACCACCACCACGACCAACAACAACCAGCAACAACAGCAGUCCCACACCACCAGCCUCGAAUCAAACACUCAGACUCAGCAGCAACCGAACUUCGUCUACUACAUGAGCUCCUUUCGCUCGGCGGGACAACCUCAGCAACAGCAACAGCAGCAACAACAACAAGCCCAGCCGGUCCUUCUGGACGACAGGCUGCUCAUCCCGUGCGACAAGCCGGGCAAACACCACUGCCGGUGCGCCGACGAGGAAGACGAGGAGCUCGACGGCACGGUACCGACCCCCGUCUCCGUGGUCUCCUCCAUCGCCCGGCCCAACGGGGAGCGCAAACGCCGCCGCUCCCUACCCUGCCGGCCCCCCGAGCCCGACCCACCCGAGCCCCAACACCACGUGGCCGCGCCCCCCUCGAGCCUACCCGCCCUUCAAGAGAUCACCCUGGCCCCUCCUGCCGCUGAAUCUACCCACGCCACCACCACCACCACCACCGGCUCGCUAGAGGGUCUCGAGCGUAGCUUUCGCACGCAGCUGAGCAUCGACGAGCAGCAAGAGCACCUGGAGAAGCGCUACAAACGUUCCGAGUCGGUGGAGGACGAGUCCACCGAGACCGAGAACACCAACGGCGACGGCGACCCGUCCCCGAGAAACCGCGUGGCCAGGGUCAACCUGGUGGUCAAUCCGCUGUGCAGCGACGAGGUGCAGCCUCCCGAGACACCGAAAAAGGAGAAGGAGGGCGAGCAGCAAGGCGUCGGUAUCCUCGACUGGAUCAGCCGGGUGCCCUAUCGAGUCCUCGGGGCCGAGCAGCAGGAGCCGGUGGCCAACAAGUGCGAGGUCAGGAUGCACAACAGUUGCAACCUCGAGCUCAGCCCUCGGGAGUUUGACGAGGUGCUGGCGGUGCUGAGGGCCCGCACGCCCCUCUGUCGCAAGAGGUCGGCUGUAAGGACGGCCAAGCGCAGGGAGGCCAACAAGCAACAGGAGCACCAAACGACGGACGGGAGCGCGUCGAGGAGCAAGGCAGCGGACGCCCUCCUGGGGGCGAUACUCAGGUCGUCGAGCAGGGACAACGACAGCCGGGACGAGGUGAUAACGGAAGUGACGCGGGAUUGGACGACGCCGCGCAAAGACGACGACGACGACGACGAGCCGGCCACGCCGAGCAAUUCGGUUGAGGCCAGGGACUCGAGCAACAACGACGCCGAGUCGUCGCUGCCGUCGGCCCUGAACAAGCGUUUUUCGCGGCUGAAGCAGCUGUUCAAGCGAUCGGAGCACGAGCAACGGCUCACUACACCCGAGGACGGUGGCAGAGGUACCCGUCCCAAUGGAAUACCGGCCGAGUCGCGGGUCAAGCGCAAGAUCGACUUUUCGACAGAUUUCGAGGACUCCCCGGGGGAUGACGAGCUGGAAGACGAGGAAGAGGACGAGCCGAGGGGCGAGGAGUCGGCCGAUAGGACAGCGCACUGUGAUCAUCCAGUUGGGACCAGUACAAACGGCGCACACCCGACUUCGUUACAUAGUACAAAUGGCGACAAGAGGACCGGUUGCGCGGCCCCCGUCGACGGCAAGUCCACCCUGUCGAGGAAGUCGCACGGCAAGCGCGAUCUCUUUCUCGCGAGGUUCAAGCACAACAAGCAGAACAACAAAAACGAGACGGUCGCGGAGUGCGAGGGUCUCGUGAAGGUCGAGGCUUCGGCGGAGGAGAGCGAAAGCGGCACCGAGGUCGAACAGGCCGGGGUUGAAGCUAACGACAAGACCACCGUGCCGUCGGCCAAGGACCAGGCGAGAUUUCGAAGGUCGCUUGAGAACGCCGCGUCGAUGGUCUUUCACAGCAGAACUGGCUUGCCUCUUACCUCGAGCCCGGCACCCCUGCGCCGGGGCAGCUGCUGCUUCGACUUUGACAGUAGCCUCAACAGCGUGUCGUCGAAGCGCAGCGCAUUGUUUGAGUUGAACACACCACCGAGUCCUGGUGCAGUGUCGCUCGAGGAGGGCGACCGAGAGGCCGAAAGUACCGGCGACACGGAGGAGGUGACCAAGCGACGCUCGGCUUCGCGUCAUCGGCCGCAGAGCCACGCUCUUCUGGGUAGCUUCGAGGAGUCCGCGCUCAACGGACGACUGGAGCCGGUCUCGACCGUACACGGCUUCGCGGCCGAGAUCGGGGCCAGCGGCUCCUUUUGCCCCAAACACCGGAAGCUCCCGGUCACCGUUUUUUUCUACACCCUCGGGGACAACGACAAGGUCUCGUCGCCGUACCUCGCUCACAUCAAUCUGGGCAAGAAGCCGUAUCAGGUGCCGAGGAUGGGAACGAUUCAGGUGACCCUCUUAAAUCCCUUGGGCACCGUUGUGAAAAUGUUUGUGGUGCUUUACGAUCUGACCGACAUGCCGCCGAGAUCUCAUACCUUUUUGCGUCAGCGAACACUGCGCGACAAAACGCUACGUUACCUCAUUCACCUUAGAUUUAUGUCCGGCAAAACCGGGCGCAUAUAUUUGCACACGGACGUGCGAAUAAUCAUCUGCCGCAAGGCGGACGUGGACACAGCCUCCGACUUUGGUUCGGAGCCGCCAAAGGAGUUGCGCAGCUACACCCACGGGCCGACGAAUCCCAAGUUCUCGCCAAGGUGCUGAGCCACGUGGCUCUUCCCGUGGAGCUGCUGUCAACCGCCUCAGCCGCCUAGUCCUCAGCCCGUCUACGUGUGAAAAUUGCCCGAUCGUAUCGAUCGAAACAGUGAUAAAUGAUAUUAAGCCUCAGAGAGUCAAGUGCGUCCGUAUAUGGACGAUCGCAGGAAGAGGAUGCCGAGGGGCGUUUGCAUAGCGUUGCCGAUAGGGGAGCACGUUUGACGAAUCGUUUUUUUUUUUUUUAACCAUAUCGUCGUUGACGAGCAACGACAAAUUUGUACGCGCUUUUCUUCGUCUCGAAUGGGGCUUAACGAGAUGCUUUUCGUUGUCUAGUUUUUUAAAUCAACAAAAUUUUUAUGAUUAUUGAUAUUUUUUUUUUAAUUUUUCGUUGAUUCUUCAAACAUUUUAUUUCAACCUGUUGUGACUGUCGAUGCAGAACAAUUGAGAGCUGCGGUCGGAGGGGUGGCUGUUGAGGAUUCGCUACCUCGAAUCAAUCGAUUAAAUAAUUGUGAUGAAUUUGGUGUAUAUUUUUUUAGUAUGGAAAAAGAUUUGAAAGAUGAUGAAAUUAAGAAUAACAAAUUUUGCGCCAUGCAAUCCAAAAGCGUCGAAAAAAAAAAAAAAAAAAGGAAAAGAGGGGGAGAGAGAGAGAGAACUCCAGUUUUUGAGCUCUCGUUUGUGGUUUUAGAGUAGUGCAUAAAUGCUUUGAUCAUUCAAAAGUGUCUUGAUAUGUAGAACAAAAAAAAAUAAAGAAAAGAAAAAUGUGCUCGUGAUUUCGUCAGAUGCUUCGAAAGAAUCAGCAA